AUCGAAAACAACAAUCGGAAUGAGCCACUUAGGAAAAUUAAAACCUUCACAUCUGUACAUUUACGAUCGCCUCGGGCAAGAGAAAAAGGAACCGGGCGAAAGCAAAGCCGACGGUGACAUGGACGAUCACCACACUUCGGCUGAAUUACUGCAGAAUCACAACAUUCAGCUAAAAGAUGACGGGCUUGGAAAAUACAAGAUAAGUCCUUUGGGUUAUCUCAGCGAUGCUAAAGAUCUGGAGACUGCCAGAGCAGGAGUUCGUACCACCAAUGGGGAAAAGAAGUCCACAAACAGUGUCACAAAGAAAAAGUCUGAAGUCGAGGAAUCACUGAAAAGAAUCCAGGGCCACAAAGGUGUUCUUGGAAUAAUUGUCGUCAAUUGUGAAGGAAUUCCUAUAAGAACGACUAUGGAUAACGCAACAACUGUACAAUAUGCCGGGUUAUUUAAUCAGUUGACCAAUAAAGCAAGGAACACAGUUCGAGAUAUCGAUCCACAGAAUGACUUAAUGUUUCUGAGGGUCCGUUCAAAGAAGCACGAAAUUCUGGUUGCUCCUGAUAAAGAAUACAUGAUGAUAGUUAUUCAAGAUCCCAGUAAAAUUCAGUAAAAGGAGCACUAUACCAUCAUUGAAACCAACUUCUAAUGUAAAUACACUGCCACUUAUCUUUUUUUUAUUUUAAUUUCAAUUUAACCAAGGCAGUUCUCGAGACUGUUGUGCACUGUGAAACAGCAUUAUCUUGCACUUGGAUUAUGAGGUGAAAUGUUCACCUACUUGUGUCUAGUAUCAUGAUGGAUUUACUCUAAGUUAUUAUGGUUGUAAAUUACAAUAAAGUGCUAUGUCCAGA